UCACAAAAGUGGCAAUACCAUUGUUGUAUCGCUAAUUUUCCAUUGCAUUCCUUUUUUUUAUGGUGUAGGUGUAUUGUUGGCGGGAAUAAUACUUAAAUAUUAAAUUGUAUUAAGAAAUUCGAAUAUGUCUGGGAUUGCUAUUGCAAGGCUUGCCGAAGAAAGAAAAGCUUGGAGAAAAGAUCACCCAUUUGGAUUUGUUGCAAGGCCAACAAAAAAUACCGAUGGAACUUUGAAUUUGAUGAAUUGGGAGUGUGCGAUUCCUGGCAAAAAAUCGACUCCCUGGGAAGGUGGCCUAUAUAAACUGAGGAUGAUUUUUAAAGAUGACUAUCCCUCAACUCCACCAAAAUGUAAAUUUGAGCCGCCCCUUUUCCAUCCAAAUGUCUACCCAUCGGGUACUGUUUGUCUGUCCCUUCUGGAUGAAGAGAAAGAUUGGCGUCCUGCCAUUACCAUUAAGCAGAUUCUUCUAGGAAUUCAAGACCUUUUGAAUGAACCAAAUAUCAAAGAUCCAGCUCAAGCGGAAGCUUAUACUAUUUAUUGUCAAAACAGAUUGGAAUAUGAAAAGAGAGUUCGAGUGCAAGCCAAAUCCAUGGCUCCUCAGGAAUAAAAAUCUGUAAAACAUUUGGGACAAUAAAUAUGAUGUACAUCACUCAUACUUGGAUGUUUCCUUAGUGCUUGAAAAACCAUUUUCCAAAAUUUCCUCUUGAAAUCAUAUUAGUGGUGGUGAAAGUUCUGGUGCGAAGAAAUAAUUUUUAUAUAUCUCAUCAUUCAUUUUUGACAAAUAUUUGCUAUUUCAUGGAGAUGUCUCAAUAAACAUGUUAUUGUAAUCAGUUUAGAGUUCUUUGAACUGUAAACAAUUCUUUAUGAUACCCAUUCAAAACAGUUAAACAUAUGGGUUGCUCUUAUAAAAUUGUAUAUAGCUUUCAUUCCAAAAUUUGUUUGGUGUUUUCACUAUUGUGUAAAUGUGUUUUUUUUUUUUUUUAUCAUGGUGCAUUUAAUUUUAUGAUUAAAAAAUUGUCAAAGUGUAGUAAUUAUCAUUUAAUACUUUUUUAAAAAAAGUUUUGACUAUUUGCAUUGUAAUGUUAAAGUUUUUCUCCCCAAUAACUUGUCAUUAUAAAAUUGGUUUUAUAUAUAUGGGGGGGGGGGGUAUAAAAAUACAUAUAU